GUGUUAAGGAUGUCCUAAGGAAGACCUGCCAAACAAGCAGGUAGGUAGGGUACGCACGGACCGGGACAUUUGCAUGGUCUGGGAUCUGUUCUCCAUCAUCAUCUUCAACAGACUAGACUGGUAGCUACGUGGAUACUGGGAUUUGUGUGGUGCGGUUUCUGAUGUGCACACCCUUUGGACCGGCGCUGUGCCGUCUGCUAUGUUGAUGACACACUGCUACUUCCUCGAACCCCACGGGAUGGGCUGGAUCAGAAUGGGAGGUUAGAAGGGCAAAUAGCAUCAUGGGAGCCAAACAAAUGAAAUGCCUCAGUUCAUCCAGUCCAGCACACACACCUAAGGAGGAGUAUAUUAUUGCCAAAUCUGAAGAUUCGGGAGAGCUAGUGGGGAAUCAUACGGAGCAACCACAAAGCCUAGAGGAUGUAGUGAAAUCCUCAGCCACCGAGCCGUCUCCUGGCCCAGAGCAUGCUGGGAAAGAGGAAAGCAGCACAUGGGAGGAACAGCUAUGUGCCCAACAGGAACAGCUGGAGAAGGAGAUGCAGGAGACCAGGAAAAUGGUGUCAAGGCUUCAGGCCUUACUGCUGCAUGGGUCACUACCUGAGGACGAGCAGACAUCUACUCUGAGCUUUGGAGAAAGUACCAGCUCAGAGCAGCAGCUGAUUUUAAUUCGCAGUCGUCUGGACCAGAGUAUGGAAGAGUCUUUAGAUCUGAAGAGAGAACUUUUAAGAUACAAGCAGGAGGCACGUAAUCUGCAGGCUAUUAAGGAUGCCUUGCAGCAGAGAAUGUCUGUGCAGGAGGACUCAGUGCUACAGCUCAAACAGGAGCUGCUCAGAUCCAGCAUGGCCAGAGAGGAACUGGAGGGACAUAAUGUGGAACUGGAAAGGAAGUUGAACGAACGCAACAGAUUUCUGAGUGAAUACAAAAAAGAAAUUGGGCAGAAAGACAGACUUCUUCAGCAGCAGCAAGCAAAACUGGACGAUGCCCUGCACAGGAUCAAUGGAAGCUAUCAUAGGGUAACUAAAACUAGGGCAAAUUUGACCCAUUUCGGCAAUAAUUAUAUAAAUAACAGAAACAAAAACAGCUUUAAUAUAAACACAUCGUCCACUGUUUUCCAGCACAGAAUGGUGAGUCAUGUCAUUCUUCACUUAAAAAAAGAAUUCGCUCAAUUUCUACUAAAUGUCUGUAUUUUGUGUUCUUUGGUUCUGUCUGAAUGUGUGCAUCAGGGGGACGAGCUACAUCUGGUGCGAGAUGCUCUGCACAGCCUGAGGGACAGUUUCAGCGUUCAUGACCCACAGCAUCAUAUGCUGGACACGCUGGAGCAGGGGCUGGCCAGUCUGGUGGACCGCCUUCACACCACAGAAUCCAAGAAACGGCAGGAGAGAAAGGGUUCAACCAGGUCUCCUGGACGAAAAGCCAAUCACACGGACCGAGAAUCAUGGCCAUCGAGCUCAAAGAUUGCUCAUUCUCACAGUAGCCCUGUUCUUAGUGCGGCUGCCUCAACCAAAGUACUCUACUACACGGAUCGCUCUCUCACGCCCUUCCUAGUCAACAUCCCUAAGAGGCUGGGGGAGGUCACGCUACAGGACUUCAAGGCAGCUGUGGAUAGACAUGGCUGUUUCCGAUAUCACUUCAAAUCGCUGGAUCCAGAGUUUGGAACGGUGAAGGAAGAGGUGUUUCAGGACGAUGCUGUUAUACCUGGCUGGGAAGGGAAAAUCGUUGCAUGGGUGGAAGAGGAUCGUGGAGAGGGGAGAUGAGGCAUGAGGGUUACGAUCCGUUCAGAAUGAAUGUUUUACCCCACAUAUACCUCAUCCCAGCAACUCUGAACCCUUUGUCCUGUGCUAACUGUGAAUCUCACCGAACCUGUUCACUAGGUCAUUACAUCAGGAAAGUGUUUGUAAAAUAGAGUAUAUGCAUUUUGAAGAUUGAAAGAAAAAUGACAUUUUAAUAUUAUUAAAAAACAGUUUACAAUACUGAUUAAAAGUGUAUUAAAGUUAUGGUACAUUUUGUUUUCCAAAAAACUAGCGUUUCAACAAUGCCAUUGUGAUAAGUGAGCAAGAAAAAAAGAUCAUUUACUUAAGAGUUUUUGUCUUGUGCAGUGACAAAUAAUAAACAUGUCGCGUUAGUUGCCAAACUGUGACAAGGACAUCACACAUUGUGUGCAUGUAUUGUCCUGCCAGAAAAAAAGCCAUUUCAAGAGAACAUAUCAUAUCAACAUAUGCACACAUUCUCUGUAAUAUAUUUUUCACUUAAUGUAUGUCAACCUUUCUUGACUAUCCUUCAAAAAUAAAGGGUGGUAAAAGCAGGGACCACUUUGUUUGUAAAAAUUUGUAACAUUUGAACAUAUUGAAGUAUUCCCUUUGAAAAUGAUUGUACUUUUCCUAUCAAGUUUGCAUGUCUGUUCAUUGUGUUUGUGUUGUAAAUGCAAAUGCAGUUGACACUUGUCCACCCUUUUAUUAAAGACAUUCUGUGCACUG